UAAAGGAGAAAUUCAGUGUGGACAGAUCUAUCAUUGAACGUCGAACCGUGAAGUCGCGAAGUUUGAAAAUUAGAGGUACGAGUGAGCGGUGUGAAUUCAGAGGAAAAUUCGAUGACUCCAAAUAGUUGAGAAAGAAAAAAUCGCAAUGAAAAUUUUCAUAAUUUUUCUGCUUUCACCGGCAGUUAUUCAUUCCCAACAGUACGUCAAAAAUACAAACCCAAAUGACGAACCUUUCUUACCCAUCCAUCCAGAGUAUCCAUAUAAUCCAAAAUUAAUGAAACGUGGCAUUGAUCAUAAACCAGAUCAGCCAUCCCCUGCGAUUACGCAAUUACAUUCUGAACUUUACGUUCCUAAAAUUGAUUCUCGUGAUUCAUAUUCUACAAGCUACACUCAAAGUAGUUAUCCUUCUUACAGUUCUUACGUAAAACCUAUAUCAACGUCAAAUAUAUUGACACCUUCAUCAUAUUAUCCAACGCCUUAUACAACUCCUAGUUCAAGUCCUUAUGGCCUUGUAAAUCCUUAUAGUACUCCGUACAGUUCUUUUCCCACGGGUUUUGCUACUAAUGCUCAAAGUUUUGGCGUUUCGCCGUAUAAUAAUAUGGGGGUGUACCCUAAUUAUUAUCCUCAUCAUCCUUAUUACUAUCCAAAUUAUUAUAAUCAACCACCUUAUGGACCUAUACCACCUGGAUAUCCGAGUAGGCCUUUGAAGCAUCAGAAUCAUGAUAACGAUGAAGAGGAUAACGAUGACGAUAGACCACGCGAGAAAAUCAAGAAGAAUGGAAAUCAAAAGAAUAGAUUAAAAAAUUCUGAUCGAGAAUCCGAUAAUAGUCAGUAUAUCGAUGGCACUAACUACAUUAUCAGUAGCUCCAAAGAUUUAGAUGGAGAAUCCAGUACUCAUAGAAUUCCGAGUCGCUAUAAUCAAAUUGAACAAAAUUCUGAUUCGGAAGCACGAACAGCUCCUGCUUCUAAAACUGCUUAUCGUCUCGUUAAGUUAUCAAGCCAGCCAUCGAAUGAUUAUAAUUCUCCAUCGAAUGGCUAUAUAAAAAUACAACAAUUAGAACAAUUAAUGCGUCAAGCUUUGGCUAAGCUUUUAGCUCAGAAUGCAGCUCAACAAGAAAAUCUUGCAAGGAUCCAACAAGAAGUCCAUAAACAACAAAAUAUUAAAAACAAUCAGCAUUACAUUCCUGUGACUAAUACUAUAGCGAAAACUGGAUUGAGUUACGUCGUUAGUCCUAUGAUACUCAAUCGUGUUAAUCCAGUACAAUCUAGUACAAAUAAUAGUCCAUACAGUCCUAGCGCCUUACCGCUGCAAUCAAUUACAAGUCUAAAUGAAAAUAAUCAGUCUUAUCCUCAAAAAUCAGUAACCAGCGUAACUUUACAACAAUCUCCCGGUAUUUAUAUUCCACCUGGUAAAAUUAGUAGCGAUCAGUCACCAUCGGUAGAAUAUGGAGAUUAUGAUUCAUCUGAAUCUGUUACAGUAAAAGCUCAGGAGAGUAUAGAUAAUUUUCAAGGCACUGUUGAACCAACGCGCAAGAGCUAUCUUUACUCGACUUACCGGCCAACUCAACAAACGAAUUUGGAAGAUAUUAAUUUUGGAAAUAAGGAAAAAGCUGCAGGAAAAACUUAA